AAAUUUCUAAAUCCUAGGAAAGAGCCAAAAAAGAAGUUUACAAUAUAACCCACAAAGGAAAUAACUUAUAAAAAUGGAAGCACCCUUCUCUGGUCUGUCUCCACUUCCAGCUUUGAAAACGCCAACCAUUUCUCUCUCUACACUUGCAUAUAGAUAUAGAAUAAAAAUACCACUUUUCCUUCUCUUUCUCUCUCUUCCUUCUGGCUCGAACGAUGAUGAGCCGCUUCACCGACUCCGCUCUCCGGUUCAAAAAAUUCUCUUCAAUAGCGGUCAAGUCUGGAAAGGGGUCGAAUACUAACUUGAGAAGCAUUGAGGAUGAAGGUAUAUCCAGCAUUCGAACGAGGUGGUACAGCACCUGUUUUGCCAAGUUGCAGGAGGAUGUUCCGAAGGAUGAUAAUCCCGUUUCUCAAAUGCUAGUCGAUUCGUUUGGACGGCUACAUACUUACUUGAGGAUCUCGCUAACAGACCGUUGCAAUCUGCGGUGUCAAUACUGUAUGCCGGCAGAGGGUGUGGACCUCACUCCAAAACCUCAGCUUCUCAACCAAGACGAGAUUCUUCGCGUCGCCAAUCUGUUUACCAGCUCUGGAGUCAAUAAAAUCAGGUUGACCGGAGGUGAACCAACCAUAAGGAAAGACAUCGAAGAUAUAUGUUUAGGCUUGUCUAACUUGAAAGGUCUGAAGACACUGGCCAUGACCACAAAUGGACUCACUCUUGCGAUGAAGCUUCCAAGGCUCAAAGAGUGUGGACUGACUUCUUUGAACAUUAGUCUAGACACAUUAGUCCCGGCAAAGUUUGAAUUUCUGACCAGGCGCAGAGGGCAUCACAAGGUUCUGGAGUCAAUCAAUGCUGCUGUAGAACUUGGUUACAAUCCUGUUAAAGUGAAUUGUGUAGUGAUGCGAGGGUUCAAUGAAGACGAGAUUUCUGAUUUUGUGGAACUGACCCGUGAAAAGCCAAUUAACAUCCGCUUCAUUGAAUUCAUGCCCUUUGAUGGAAACGUUUGGAACGUGAAGAAGCUAGUAUCCUAUUCGGAAAUGUUCGAUAGAGUGGUAAGAGAAUAUCCUAGCAUAAAGAGACUUCAGGAUCACCCAACGGAUACAGCCAAGAAUUUCAAAAUAGAGGGCCAUCAAGGUGCAGUUUCUUUUAUCACAUCAAUGACCGAGCAUUUUUGUGCUGGUUGCAAUAGAUUGCGUCUUUUGGCUGAUGGGAAUUUCAAAGUAUGCUUAUUCGGUCCCUCAGAGGUUAGCUUAAGAGAUCCCCUUCGACGUGGCGCUGAUGAUCACGAACUAAGGGAAAUAAUUGAGGCAGCGGUGAAGAGGAAGAAAGCCUCACAUGCUGGAAUGUUUGACAUUGCGAAGACGGCAAACAGGCCUAUGAUACACAUCGGCGGCUAAAGCUCGCGAGUGAUACUAGGAUACCUCUUCAUUUUCCAAUGGUAGACGUGCAUGGAGCUGAUUAUCUUUUUUUCCCUGGUCUUUCCGGAUUCUGAACAUCGAAUACAUUAGGGCGUAUUUUGUUCGUCAUUGAGAUAGCGUCAUAAGCAAGAAUCAUAAUAUCAGACUCCAAGAUCAACUACAGCCGCUCCUACUUAUACCAUUGGUAAAGUUUAUAAUUAUGGAGGGAUGUUUAGCUCCGUUUUGCUCCGUUUUUUGCCUCUCUAGUUGUUCUUUUGCAUUUUUGAGUUAAGGUAAUUUGAGUGAUGAUCUUG